GACUUCACAAGCAGUCCCAACCAGUUUGCUGACUACAGACCAGGAUUUUAACUCAGCUACAACUCAAGAUCAGGCAAAUUGAUUCGAAGAACCUGAUAACAUGUCUGGGGACAUAAACAUAGUAACUAAUUGACAAUAAACCAGUAAGCCAGUAAACCAGUCACCAGUAAACAUCCACAACAUAAGAUGUACUGGCUGCUUUACCAAAACAUUUCUUAUAACUUUCACUGAAACCAGCUAAUUGUUUUCUAUCAUAUUUCUGAUGAAACAACACAGUUACAGGCUAAUGCAGGAGAGAAACAUCAUUUAGCUAGCGCACCCACGUUACUAGCGUUACCCAAGGAUAACCUGAAUUAACCCCCUUAUUUGGUCACGUUACUUUAAAUAAGUAUCAAUUUUACAUAAAUGUAUAUACUGCUCGUCUACCGCUCUCACCUGAAACGCAGCAAAACAGCAGUUCUGUGUUACUGAUGGUAACUGAUUACUACUUUUAUAAGGGAUUACUUUGUCAGUCACUCAUUUGUGUGAUCCGCCACUGCCACCUACUGGCGGAACUAAAUAUCGCCUUAGCAUCAAAUCAGGUGGGAGGAAAUGAGCUUUUCACUCUGUGUUAUGAUGUCAACUAUUGCCACAACAAAAGCAAAAAAAAAAAAAAAAGUGAUUGGGGGGGCACAUUAAAAGAAGUUCAUCAAAUUCUGAGACUUUUUUAACACUUAAAAUACUCAGGGUGCCACACAGCCUCUCUGUGACAACGUAGCAUACAUUACAAACCAAAUCCCUCUACUAAUCACGCUGCGUCAUUGUCACAGUUCUGUACUGAACUGUGCAAUUUUUAUCUUUUUGAAUUAUUUCCAGUUAACAAACAUCAAGCGCUGUACCAGAAUUGUUGGAAAUAUAUAACACAUACAUGUUAAAAUCAAAUAAAGCAUUUUAAAAAAUGUUA